UUUCGGCUGUGGCAACCAUGAAAAGGAGGGGAGGAAAGGGUGCUCGUUGCCACGGCAACCACCCCCAAACCCAAAAGCAAGUGAAAAAGGAAAAGGCGAGGAAAGACCUCAAGGAUGAGAGGAUGGAGACUAGGGGCUAGACAGAGGGGGAUGGCAGGGGCUUUCCUGACUUUCCUUCAGGUUUCAUCUGCCCAAAGACCCAACCUGGGUGGAGCCUCCACUCAGGUUAAGAGGCUGAGGAAUCAGGGAAUCUCUCCAGACCACCUUAAAAAAGAAACGGAGAAAAAGGUGGGGGCCUGAGGUGGUGAGCGGGGGGAGGGAAAAAAAAAACCCGAGCCCGCCCCCCUCCCCGCCGCAGAGCCAGCCUCCGCUUCACUUCCUGACUUUCAAAGCUUGUCUUCCCUCCUGCCUUUCAACAUGGCGGGCCCAAGCGCCAAGGAAGCCCGGAGACCUGGAGCCCCAAGCUUCUUGGCCGCUGCAGUGGCCGUGACGAUGGCGAUGGUUGGGCCCCCUUCGACAGCGGCGGCAGGGCAGGAGGAGUCGAGCCGAGUACGAGCCAUGACCUCCUCUAACUGGACCCUAGUGCUGGAGGGGGAGUGGAUGCUGAAAUUUUAUGCCCCAUGGUGUCCAGCUUGCCUGCAGACUGAAUCAGAAUGGGAGACUUUUGCCCAAAAUGGUGAAAUACUUGAUGUCAGUGUGGGAAAGGUGGAUGUCACUCAAGAACCAGGUUUGAGUGGCCGAUUCUUUGUCACUACACUUCCAACUAUUUUCCAUGCAAAGGAUGGAAUAUUUCGCCGAUACCGUGGCCCAGGGAUCUUCAAAGACCUUCAGGAUUACAUCUUGGAGAAGAAAUGGAAAGCAGUUGAGCCUGUGGCUGGAUGGAAAUCCCCAUCUUCUAUAACAAUGUCUGGGAUGGCUGGACUUUUCAGCUUAUCGGGUUGGAUACGGCAACUUCACAACUAUUUCACAGGGACUCUUGGAAUUCCAAUUUGGGGUUCAUAUUUCAUCUUUGUUAUAGCCACACUGAUGAUUGGCCUUAUCCUUGGUCUGAUACUAGUUUUACUUGCAGACUGCUUUUGUCCACCUAAACCAAGAGAUGGAAUAGAUCAAUCUGAAUUAAUUGAAAAGGAGAAGGAAGCUCUGAUAGUUGAAGAUCUAGGAAUUUCAGAGGGAAAAAAAGACCUUUCAGAUGAAGAGGAAGAGAAAGAUGAUCUCUCAGAGGGAGAAGACGACAAAGAAGAUGUUUCAGAACGAGAAGAGGAAAGAAGCAAUUCAAAUGAUGAAACUUCUGAAGAUGACUCUGCAGUGGAUGAAGGAUCAGCAACUGAAGAUGCAGGGAAUAUCCCGGACCAACAGUUGACUGAUGUGGAGGCUGAAAGCUCAGUGAGGCAGCGCAAAAGUCAUGUUGCUGAUGGAGAACAGUAAUUUUUUGUAAAGUUAUCUCCAGCAAACUGGACCAAAGAAAUGUGUCAGUUUCCCUUCUGGUCUAUAGUGGAAGCCAAAUUCUUAAUCUCUCCUGCAUGAGCCAGCUUCUCUCUUAAAAGCUUAUACGUAAUAAACAUCUAGUCCUAAAAGGUAGUAAUCCUUAUGUAGCAAUGAGAAUCCUUUAGGCAUGACAAUCAAAAUCAAAAAUAAGAUCUAUUAUUCUGCUUGGAGAUUUGGUUUAAGAUUGUAGGGUUAAGAAGAUCUGAUUGUAAUAGGUUGCCAUUACUCCUUUUUAAUAUUCUCUAUAGUCAUUGCUUCAAGCCACAUGAGAUGAAAGCAUAUUUGACUUCAUACAUCAGCAAUAACAAAAUGUGUCCUAAUAACUGUAGUAGAAGUUUCCCUUCCUUAUUUGGUCUUGAAUGUUUUUGUCAAACCUUAUGGAAAACAUCAGAAAAUGUAGUCAGUCAAUAGUUAUUUAUUGAGAUAGAAACUGAGAGGCCUUUAAAUAUUAUCCUAGUACAGGAACUAUGGCUAUGGUGGUUUAGCUCUCAUCACUGCUCACUGAAGUACCUUCAUUAUGCUCCCUUUUUUGCUUCUCAUUUUUCCUUCUCAAUGUUUCUUUUAAAAAUAUACUGAGUGCACUGUGACAACAGGGACUGGUCUUAGGCUGGGCUUCCUACAUACAACACCAGCACUCUUCGGUUCCCAAGUAUUCAGAGGAACAGCAUACAAGUUAAUGUGACAUCAGCCAAGCUUAUUAUGACUUCAGGGGCUUAGAUCAUUGGAAACCACAGGCAAUGAAUUAUUGACAAGCAAAUGCUGAAAACGACGUGUUACCUUCAGAGAUUCAGAAGGAAGUGGUCGUUUAGCAGGAGAAGAACUUUUUUUUUUUUUUACCAGAAGGCAGUCAUUCCCCACCCCCCACCCCCUUCCACCUCCUUUCAACUAUUUCAUUGAGAAGUCUUUUUUUUUUUUUGAAGCCAGAAAAUCCUCUUAGUCUUGCCAAUACAAGCAAGUCAUGUGCAGAGAGCUGCAGUAUGAUAUGGUACUAUUUCCCUCUCUAGAGUAGCUCCUUGGCUCCAUCUGAGAUACUUUAGUAAUCAUAACAACUAAAAAGCCACUUAUGGUUUCCUUUUUAGUGAACUGACCUACUGGUGAAAGAAUGAGUGAAAAUCUAGAGCAGGAAAUGAGAGAAAUGGUUUCUUCUCUUCCCACCUACCCUCCAACCCCCAUUCACUUUAAUCCUACAAAGAAAUGCAUCUUUGUAAAUCUCUCAAUACUUGAUUUAUUAAAAGUGCCCAGGGA